CGCGUUUGACAGGCCUCGUGAGCGUGACGUCAUCUGGCGGCGCCGCUGAACAGAUUGCACAUUGGUUGCAGCAGAGGUGCAGGAAGCGGUACUGGAGGGGACAUGCUGAGGACAGUGAGCCGGGUUGGGGGCGCCCUGCUACGGGGCUCCCAAGUAAAUGGUCCUAAAGCCUGGAACUUUGAGGCGCGCCGUUGUGCAUCCUCUGGACUUCCCAUGAACACGGCCAUCUUGUUUGUUCCCCAGCAGGAGGCCUGGGUGGUGGAGCGCAUGGGCAGGUUCCACCGCAUCCUGGAGCCGGGUCUGAACCUUCUCAUUCCAUUUCUGGAUCGCAUUCGAUACGUGCAGAGCCUGAAGGAGAUUGUGAUCAACGUUCCUGAGCAGUCGGCUGUGAGCCUGGACAAUGUCUCCUUACAGAUAGAUGGAGUGCUCUACCUGCGUGUCUUGGACCCCUAUAAGGCCAGUUACGGUGUGGAAGAUCCAGAAUACGCGGUCACCCAGUUGGCGCAGACCACCAUGCGUUCUGAACUUGGCAAACUGACAUUAGACAAGGUCUUCAGGGAGAGAGAAUCCCUGAACUCCAACAUUGUGUGCGCCAUAAACCAGGCUUCUGAUUACUGGGGGAUCAAGUGUCUGCGGUAUGAAAUUAAAGACAUCCAUGUACCUCCCAAAGUCCGAGAUGCCAUGCAGAUGCAGGUGGAGGCCGAGCGGCGGAAGAGGGCUAUGGUGCUGGAAUCUGAAGGGACCAGAGAAUCUGCUAUCAAUGUGGCUGAGGGGCAAAAACAGUCCCAGAUCUUGGCCUCUGAGGCAGAGCGAGCAGAAAAGAUCAACUAUGCUGCAGGUGAAGCAAAUGCAAUCCUAGCCAAGGCUAAAGCCCGGGGCGAGGCGAUCCGUCUGGUGGCAGAUGCUCUCACCCAGCAGCACGGCGAUGCUGCGGCGUCCCUCUCCAUAGCUGAACAGUACGUGACCGCCUUCUCUAAACUGGCUAAAGACUCUAACACCAUACUACUCCCAGCAAACACCGGAGACGUCACCAGCAUGGUGACCCAGGCCAUGGGAAUUUACAGCACACUAAGCAAAAACCUACAGCAAAACAGUCCCUUAGUAGAGCCGGCAGAGGACGACAAACUGACGGGGGCGGUGAAGCAGAGGUCCUGAUGGAUGGUCCUGCCAUGCCGCACACCUAUGUCACCGCCCAAUAUUAGGAGAUUUUGUAUUUUAAGUUUGAUAUGUCACAUAAUAUAUGAUUUCAGACAAAGAUUGAUUCCGUCAUUUAUUUGUUAUCAUGCUUGGGACUGUGACGAUCUGUGCUGCACUCUUAUAGGUGAUCUCUGCUGAAAACCAGGAUCGCCAUGUCUAUUCUUACCCAACAUGUAUUUUUCCUAGGUUGUUGAAUAGCGUCUGUUUAAAUCUGUAUUGGGUGACAACUGCAAAUCUUAUGUCAUCUGCUAUUGUCACUGAGAGACCUGUGGACCACUUAUUGUCCCUUGAAGAUGCCCUGUGGCUUAUCUUACAGUCAUCCAUUUGUCCCCAUGUUGGAUAUCAAGCAGGCAGUUACUAAGUAAGCAGAGCCGGUGAACGGUGCAUAAUCUAGAACACAAAAAACAAUGGCAGAAUUGCUUUUUUUUCUUUUUUUUUUUGCAUCCCCCAUAAGUUUUAGAUUUUC